CCACUUCCUGUUUGCCCGGCGCGCGGCAUGCCGGGAGCUGUAGUCCCACGCCCGCGUCAGGGCCGUCAAGGGGCGGCCGAGAAGACUACAGGGAGGCAGCCCUCCCCGGUUAUGGUCCAUAGGGCUGGGGCUGCGCGCAUGCGCGAUGCUGGGUGCAUGUGCGGCGGCGGCAGCAUGAAGCGGAGCGCGGGGGAGAGCGAGCAACAAGCGAAGAAACAAAAGCUUCUUGAAGAAAUUGGAGAAAGCUGGCUUCCAUAUCUGACUCCUAGAGAUGCUGAAUUCUAUCAACUGUGGAAGACGAAAUAUUCCAAACUCAUUCUUAGGACAUCUGAUACGGUACCCAAAGAACUGCAUCAAGUUGUGCAAGAUGCUUUUUUGACCUUGCAAAAACAUGGUUGUCUCUUUCAAGAUCUUAUUAGGAUCAAAGGAAAAGAUUGUCUUACCCCAGUAUCUCGUAUAUUAAUUGGAAACCCAGGAUGCACUUACAAAUACUUGAACACAAGACUAUUUACUGUUCCUUGGCCUGUGGAAGGUUCCAAAAUAAAAUAUUGCAAUCCUGAAAUGUUUGAUGCAUGCAAGGCCUUAAUGAAACUUAAUGACUACCUGUAUAAUGAAACAGUCCAGGCUUUAAAAGAGCAAAGUUUGUCUGAGACCAAAGAAACUAAAGAUGCUGCUGUUACAAAUAAGGAACAGGAUUUUUCUACCUGUGUUGAAGGGGAGAGGACCAUUUUGGAAGAUCAAAGCAGCUCGUAUGUACCAAGGACUGAUUGCAUAAACCUAAAGAGCAAAACACCUUAUAACUUGACUUUAUUAAAUUAUAUGGAUCCACUACAAAUGCUGUACUUAAAACAAGAGCCUUAUUUUGGAAUGGGGAACAUGGCUGUGAGUUGGCACCAUGAUGAGAAUCUGGUUGAAAGGUCAACAGUAGCUGUGUACAGUUACAGCUGUAAAGAUCCUGUGAUUAACAGAAAUCAACUACAGGAUUUGAGAGGGCGAGACCCAGCUGUUUGGCAUGUGGGUCUGAAGAUUGCAUGGGACAUAAAGACGCCUGGAUUAGCAUUACCCCUUCACCCAGGAGACUGCUACUUUAUGCUGGAUGAUCUCAAUAUGACACAUCAGCACUGUGUGUUGGCUGGCUGGCCACCUCGGUUCAGCUCUACUCACAGAGUGGCAGAGUGCUCAAGAGGGACUCUGGACUACAUUUUUAGGCAGUGUGAGACAGCACUGCAGAAUUUACAAGAUGAUUCUGAAUCAGUGGCUUUAUCUUUGAAAUCACUGGAAGUCACGAUUGUAAAGGAAGUAGAAGGAAUUCAUAAUGAGGUUGAAUUUGAAUGGCUUAGGCAGUUUUGGUUUCAGGGCAAACGCUAUAGGAAGUGCACUGAUUGGUGGUUUGAACCUAUGGCUAAACUGGAAGAAUUUUGGAAAAAGAUGGAGAUUAUGACAAGCCUGGUGCUCAGUGAAGUUGGAAAAGAGGAAUGUACCAUGGAACAAAGGAAUGAAAUAGUCAGCUGCUUCUUACCAUUUCUUACUGAACGACAAGAGCUACGCAAAGAAUGGACAGCAAGGAUAGGUGGAUCUAGCCAUUUUUUGGAUGAUAAUACCCAUUGCCACUACAAAGGAACAACAGUCAAACUUGCAGUGUUGAAUAUGGUGCCAGUCCCAGCUGGCAAAGAGUUUACCAGAUGAGCAGAAGCCAGAGUGCCAUCCCUACUGGAAGAAUGAUGAUUCUAACAUGCCUCUCCCAUAUGAUCUUGAAGAAGUAAUUGCUAAACUCCAGGCCCUGCUUCAAUAAAUGGAGCACUAGAAGGUGUAUGCCCAGAGUAAAAUUACUUGUACCCAUCUCUUGAAAAGAAAAUAUCUAAAGUGAAUUGAAUCUCUGCAGUGUUUUUAUAUUUAAAUCACAUAGGUUUAUUUCUUCCUUGAGUACAAGUUCCUGUCCAUUGUAACUGAAUUAUGUUUUGUAGCUACUCAUUUAGAAAUUUCUAAAAUAAAAAAGAAUAAGGCCUAGAUCUACACAAAAGACUUAAGUAUCAUAAGUGGAACUAACUUAGAAUUUAGGCACCUCACGCCAAGAAUGUGAUCUGUAACCUCACCAAACCCAUAGGUACCCAAGGUUUUGCCAGUAGAAUUCCCUAGCUGCUUGAAGGUCUGUUUCUGUGAAUGCCAAGAAUUUCUCCUAUGCUGCCUUGACUGAGAAGCUCAGUUCCUGUUGACAUGUGCAUACUGUCCCUGCUGAGAAGCAUGCCACUCUCACCUACUUCCGCUCUAAACACACCAACCCAGGAAGAGGCAGCGAAAUUGUUUUGGAGGUUCCCCUUGCCACCCCCGUCAAAAAUGCCAGAGAUGAGGAUCUGAAGAGGAGCAGCAGGUGGUGACCUCAGGACAAUUUAAUUGUCUCAUUUCUAGGUUUGGCAUAUGUGGGGCAGGAGCAGAAGGGCUGUGUGCAUUUCUUGGUCACCCUCCCAGAGCACUGCAGAACCAUAGACAUACCUGCCGUCAUAGAGCAGCCUGAUCAGGAUCUGCAACUAGGCGUCCUCCAUUUACCUUCCUUGAGGGACUUCAUUAGAUCAAAAUGUUCUGAAUGCACCUAACUCAUCUAUUACACAGUCAACCCAGCCAUUUUUAUUUAAAAUUGUGAGUGGAAGAGGAAAGAAGUGCUAGCGCAGUUGUUUGUUGGUUACAGUAUUCACCUGGAUGGAGAGAAAUUUCCUAUGAAGGCAUCCUAAAAGGUUCUAGCCAGUAGCUUUCACCUCCAGGAGAGUGUCCUAACUGCCAGGUUAUCACCGUUCUGGAGGAAGGGCACACCUCACCCCUCCUGCUGGAGCUGUACCACUGUCCCAAAGAGAAUACAUAAUCCACUGGGCUGGCAAAAGGGAGCAAAAAAGAAGCCUGAUCCAUUUGCCCACUGACUAGGAUUUUUUUUUUAAACGUGUUUUGCACUAAACAGUCAGUGCAUAAAAUGCACAUGCAGUCCACAAAGCAAUGUUUGGAACCUGCGUUGGUUUGAUGUUAAGUUGAUUUGUGAGUUUAUCCCAAAAUACAAAAAUGUAAGAUGUUAAAAAUAAUGUUGUUUGUGAUCUAUUUUGUAAUAGGAUACUAGAAAAGCAGGCAAUUCCUUUCUGGUCCAUUGGGACUAUCCAGAAUAAAAGCCAAUUUUCUUUCAUUUACAUUGUAUUCUAACUGGCACCAGUUUAUUUCUUCCCAAAUGACAAAAAAAAAAGAGCUUGUGAUGCAAAAAAGUGCUUAUUAUCACCUCAGAAAGGAUAAGAUCCGGUGCUCAGCAUGGCUAAUAUAGAGGUGGAACAUACCUGCAGGACUAACAUUUUAUUUAAAAAUCACCGUUCAGACCAGGUUUCCUUAGAGUCUGCUGCCAGAAUAGCUAUAGUAUGCUUACUAGCAAAGCCGUCUGGUAUGGACGCAGUUUAUACUGGCAGAACUGUGAUUUUUGCCCAGUGUAGUUUAUGCCAGCCCCCCCUUGAGCAAAAUAAUUUAUGCCAGGAAAAGCUCCAUUUUGCGGACAUAACUGUGUCUACACCUGGGCACUCUUCCCAGCAGAGCUGUGUCUGUCAGGAACUGCAUCUCUAUGCACCCCUGAGCACCAUUGCUUUGCCAGUUCAAGAUUAUAGAGUUGGCAUGAAUGUGAAUAUAUGUUAUAUGCCUUACAUUCCAUGACUUUUGUUGUGGCCAUCAGCUACCACUAAAAAAGUGAGGCCCCUUUUAAAGAACAAAUAAUUAAUUGAAUAGAGUUUGAUUGUAUUAGCACCUUGUUCCUGCAAACACUGUUUAACUGAUGCUUCUUGCACCACAGCUUCUUAAGACUUUAAAACAAUGCAGUUUUGUGAACACAGCUUUUUUCCCCCUGCUCUAGUUGGGCAAACAGCAUACAUUUGGAUUGUUGCCACACUAAAUAUUGUUUACUUCGGAGAUCAUUUAGAGACAAGCUAGUUGAAGGUGUGGGAAUUCUAUUUUGGAAAAGGUAGUUCUCAUGCAGACAGAUACUGCUUUGGAAACUAGCAAUAUGGAUUCAAACAGGCUAAUGAUAUAGCACAGUUAAGGCAAGGUUUAAGGGGGUUGUUUGUUUCUGCUGUUUCUUUAUGAUUAUUUUUGGUUUAAUUAAGCAUAGCUAGAAACGCUGGGAAUCACAGUGGUGAAAUGAUUUUGACAGGCAUAAAGGGUACAGAAUGCAUGUAAAUGUUGAAAACUGUGGAUAAAAUGGAAGCAUAGCUAUUAAAAAUGAUUGGCAAAUAAUUAUUUACUGCAGUAUUCAAAAGUCACUAAUUUUUUGUUCUUUGAUUAGGAGACUGAUGGUAACUAUAAUAGAAUGUUUAAAAAUCCAUGAAUCUAAGGCCUUGUUAAUGCUGGGAAUGAAGCCAGUCGAAUAUCUGCACUGGUACAAUCUUCUAGUGCAGGCAGAUCAAAUUACCAUAAACCACAAUAUACAAUAGUACAGGUUCAAACUGGUGGAAAUCUAGGAAAUCCUUGGAAUGGACAAAACCUAAGAUUUCCCAGGCAAGAUAUUGAUGCUCAGACACCCAGAUAUGGCUCAAAGAGGAUUUAAAUGUUUUGUGUUGGAUUUGGAGCUCAGUUGUGCCACUGUAAAUCCAAAUAAUAUCACUGAACUCAGUGGGAAUACAGCAGCAUAAGAGCAGAAUUCAGCCCUCCCUUUCCCUGGCCUCAUCAGGGACAACAGCAAAUGUUUGGCAAAGUAGAUUGGAAUUCUCCAAAACGCAUAGUAGUUCUGAAGGUGUCAGCAGAAAAGAACAGACCAGAACUCAUUCAUAAAAGAAUGAGUGCUUAGUAUAAUUACUGCCCUUUCCAAUUAAUUGUUAGAAAAAGACAAUAACAAGAACAUGAUUUACAAGUUUUCCUUAUGUCAUUUAAAUAAUUUUGACCAAGGUCAUCCUGAAAUGAUCCUUUUGCAAUCCAUUAAUAUUGUAACAUUAGGUAGCCCAUUACCAUUUUGGAUGUGCUACAAAAACAUUCUUAACCCAGGCCUCUAAUGAAUGUUCUAUGUAUGGCAACUGUUUAUUGACUCUAGAUGCCUGAGGACCGAGGUCAGUCUGUUUCAGGGGGAAAGCAUAAAUAAGCUUCUAACAGUAGAUUCUGUGAUUUUUUUUCAAAUGGUGAAGUUCAUGACUUUGCUUACAUUUACUUUUCAUCAGCCCUGAAAGAAUUGAGGUAAAAUAGUUCCCUUGCACGUGUGUGUCAAGCUAAAUGGAUUACAGAAGAUACAGAUCUGUUUGCCUGUCUGCACUUGCCUUUAGACAAUAUUCAUCAAUUUUACAAAAGCUACUGACUAAACAUGGAACCCAUACAAAUGAAAUGCUCAAGGCAGGGACUUUAAAAAACACACGCUCUGAUACAAAGUUGGUUUUACACUGAUAGAAGGAAAAUGUUGGCAGAAAAUGAAAACCUUUUAUUGUGACUCCAGUUUAGGGGAUGAAAGGUAAAGGCCAUUUUUAAAGUGUUCAAUAGAAAACUGCUGGUUUUGUGCCAGGUAGAUUAGACAUUUUUUCAUAAAGCAUUAUUUGUGUCUCUGCAUAUGAAGCUAUUCCAUCCUGGAGGUUCUUUUCCUUAUUGUUGAGGUUAAGUAAAUAAAUAUAUAUUAACACCAAUAUAAUAGAUUUUAAAGGCAUCAUUCUUGCACUCUGAGCUUUACAAGAGAGUCUGAAUGUCUAAAAUGUAAAUAAGAAUGCCAUGAAUAAUUACCAACUGGAAAACAUUCAGGAUGUGUAGCAUGCAGCAUAAUAAAUAUCCAGAUCAGUUCUCUUUAUUAUCAUCAUGAAAUAGUUGAUAUUUUCAUUGGUAAUGAACUGGAUUUACUUAACAAGCUAUCCUUUCAAAUCAUGCAAGGCCUCUGUAAUGUUGUGGAACAGGUUUGGGUAUUCAAGAGCCAGAAUAACAACAAAACAGGCAUGAAAAGAAUAAAAAAUCCAUGACACACAAUGCAAAUGAAUGAAGCUACUGUGCUAACAAUGGGCAGAAUUAUCUUCUUGGUUAAAACAGUGCAGUGCAUUGAUCCAGUGUAAUGCAAUGUAAAUUGUGCUAGUGUAACUGAGAUGAAUCUGGGUGAUAUAGUGCCUGACGUGUGGGAAGAAAGACAAGGUGAGGAAGAGAUGUGGCUUAAUUAGGUCACAACUUUAUUAACUUAAUUCAGUAUAGUUCAGUAGACUCUUUUCUUAAUUAUUUCUACCUGGAAGAGAGCUAAUUCCAGCUCCCUGUGACUCCACAGCUGGUUUCCCAGUCUGUUCCUGGGUCUUCCAUGAGAGUUGUUGCAAUAGACACUUGGAUCCCAAUCCUAUUUCCCACUUUUCUCUAGGGCAUCCCUUCCCUCAAUCCCACUUUUAAUUCUGGUUUAUCAGGGAACCAGAACCCCUAUGAAAUAAAUACUUGCACUGGACACCAUCCAUCUAUUAGGUUGUAACGUGAAUCUUACUUCUAGACCUAUUACCCCACAUCUGUGAGCUGCUAUCCCAAAGGUGAAAUAUUGCCACUCUGCCCCCAGCUAAUCUGGCACAAAGGUUAGAGUUUCCAAUCCCAAAAAGUAAUCUAUUACAAUCUCCACCAAAAAUCUCAGUCCUACACUAAUCCCAGGGGAUGGACAAUCAAGCAAACUGUAAUUAAUCAAGUUACUAUAAAUUCAAAGGGGGUGUAGGGAUUUAGGGGUUGUCAGCUGAUUUGUAACUAUGUACCUACUCUUACCUUCCAGGACAGUUUAAUUCUUAAUGACAAUGGUGUAGGGUAUAAUGGUUUAGUUUUUGCUUGCUGUGGGAGUAACAGGCACAUGAACAUUUAUUAUAGAGCAGUUGGUACCCAGUAGUAAAUGCUUGUUCUCUUUUAACUUAAUAUAAUUUAACUCUCAGAGAUAGGUUGGAGUUGUAACUCAGCCCCCAAGAAGGAGUUUAGACUAGAAGUACAGCUUAUUAGUAGUAUGCAUGGGCUAAUGGCUUAUUGCCUAGGUCAGGUGAUACCUUCCCAAACUCUGCCCUGGCCACACACAUUCCUUCUAAAACAAUGAGAAAUGAGGACCUUGCACUAUUUUCUUACCAGUAUAAACCAAAAAUUACCUACCUCUCAGGUUGUGGGGUGCAUAUCCAUCCUGCUUCUCAAGCUAAGACAGUACAUUUUGAUGCCUUUAUUAAAUAAAAUAAUUUAUAAGUUUGUGGAGAAGCUGCAUUUGUUAAGGCUAUAGAUUAGGUACCAAUUAGCUGUUAGUUUGUUCCAUUAAAAUGGUAGCAUUUAGCAGAGGAGAAGAACAAUUUACACAUGACCCUAAUUCCUACCAAAUAAAAUUGGAUCAUCUAAGCUUUAUCUUUCAUUGUCAUGGAGAAAUCACAUAUAUUUCAUAUGACGUAAAAGACUUCAUUCUUUCAUGAUUUCAAGCUUGUGAAGCCCCAGUGGUUCUAAUGUACAUGUAUGUGGUGCAAAUCAGAGUUUGGUCACAAAAUUAGCCCCUUUUUCUUUGUCUUCAAAUACUUGUCUCCAUGCCAAGGCAUGUUGCUCUGAUUAUUUGUCUUGAUUAGAGACUGAUAGAGUAAAGUCAGGUGUAUAGGAUUCCUAUUAUCCUUUAUUUCAUUGGUUCUGUGAACAGAUCAGAUAUUUAUUUCGGUGAAAAAGGGAACAAUCAGCUUCUGUUUACCAUUAACAUUCAGUUUUCCAUUUCUUAAAAUCAAACCAAAGUUUGGUAGGCAAUGAUUUUCGUACAUGUCCCUUGAUCAAUGGAACACUGUCAGAAUCUAUUAAAGCCUCCAUUAGCUUGAUCGCAUUCAAAGCUAAACUAUUGGAUUAUUUAAAAAGCUGCAGUGAUUGUUUAAAAUAUACUAUACAUUGAUUUCUCUCUGUAAGUAAAGUGGCAUAACUUUGAAAGUAAGUGUGUACGACUAAGACUCCAGGCACUGUCUCCAGUAUAUUCUAAGAAGCUUAUUUUCCCUUUGAGAAUACCUACAUAACAUGUUUUAAGUUGCAAUCCCUUGUACUUUUCAAGGGUUUUUCCUCUAAUUUAUCCUGUUUCAUUGUAUCAGUCAAAUGUAAUGCAUGUGGAAUGGAAGAUAUAGAUUUGCCAAGGGCCUCUCAACUGAAUAGUUUCACUGAAAAGGUUUAAUGAGUAAUGAUCAGGGACAUCCCUGGGGAAAGGGGGGGCGAAUCGGGGCAACCGCCCCAGGCCCCGCACUUUGGGGGGCCCCUCAGACAGUGCCUUACAGGCCCCACUGCAGCUGCCACGCACCACCACUGCCAAAUGCUGCCCAGUCUGGCCACUCGCCCUCCCCCUCCCAGGCCCCCCACAGGCUGAUAUGCCCCGGGCCCUGCACACCCCUAGGGACAGCUAUUCUAAUAAUACUAGCAUUUAAAAUAACUAAUAUUUGGUGAACUCAUCUAGAGAUCUCAGAACACUUUACCGGGAAGAACUGUGGCACACCAGUUAAAAGUUAGCUUCUGUUCUGAAAAGGAACUCUGGAACAUGAAAAUUGUGCAUCCACUACUUCUAUUUAAAUUUACAGAAGUUUCAAUUUAAAAGAUAAUUUAGCAGUCUGCCAUUCCUACAAAAAUCAGACUAGGAUGUGAAAGUGAAGUUGUCUUAUUUUCUUCCACUUUUAGUCAUAACAGGUAGUGUUUAUCAAGGUGAGAAUGUACUGGCCAGAUCUAUAUUGAAAUACUUGGUAUGUACCUAUUAGCAUUUUUUCUUAGUAUUUUUCUACCUAUUUUGAUAAUCUAACAAUUUAAUAGCCAAACAUUAUCAAAGCUUUCCAUGCUGAUGUUAUGGUUGCUGUUCUUUUAUAUUUGUGUCAUUAAUAAAUCUAGAAAUAUUAUUCAUCAGAUCGUAAGAUUACAACCUUCUCCCCCACAAAAGUAUUCAUAAAAAGUGUUGCUUUUGGGUUAGUUGUUUAAUAGUACCCUUGUUUUUUAAUUUUUAUUAAAAACUUAAUAAAACACUUAAGAACUCUUAAUAAAGCACCAUAAUAUGCAUUACUAUAUACAUGUAGACUUUGUAUAUUUUUUGUAUUUGUUCAUUUUAAUUCAAUUUACCAAAAAGACCAUUUGUCUGUUGUUUGUCCUCCAGAAUGUGCUACUAAUGUGGCUAACUACCUCUCUCUAUUAUCUGUAGGAUAGAGUGGGGUAGUAAAUUUGUUCAUGAUAAUAAAUGGUGACAGUAAGGAGUUAAUUGAAAUCUGGGAAACAGAGCAAUUAAGCAAGUGUCCUGGGAAAUGCUAAACAAAUAAAAUUUAUUUACAGGCAA